AUGGAUCUGCAUCUUCUCUUUAAAGCCAUCGGAUUUAUACUACUAUUAGUGAUUGGUGUGCCCGGGAACAUUUUCAUUAUCGCUCAGUUUACUUGCUUCAGGAUCAUCGAGAAAAAGCUCCUCCCAGCCAAUAUUAUCCUGUUGGUUCUCUCCAUAGUAAAUCUUCUUGUUCUUCUUUCCCGUGUUAUUCCUCAAUCUUUAGAAGCCAUAGGGAUGGAAAACUUACUCAGUGAUGUCGAGUGCAAGCUUGUCAUAUACACUUACCGAGUAAGCAGAGCCAUGUCCAUUUCAGUCACCAGCUUACUUAGCUGUUACCAGUGCCUCCUAAUCACUCCAAGAAGUGGUUUAUGUACCUAUUUGAAAAAAAUAGUGACUCAUAAUAUUUCCAUCCUAAUUUUAAUUUUAUGGAUCAUAAACAUUAUAAUGUACACAUACAGCAUGUCAAUAUCAAGGGCCAAAGGGAAUUUUACAACUUCUCCUUAUACGUUGCAUGUGGUGUAUUGCAAUAUUGACUUUUUGAAUUAUUUUACUUACAUCCUUAAUGGGGCAUUUUUUACCAACAGAGAUUUCAUUUUUAUAGGGCUGAUGACGUUAGCAAGCGGUUAUAUUGUCUAUCUGUUAAUAUCACAUGAAAAAUCCAUAAAAGGCAUCCGAAGGUCUGACAGACAUAAAGGGAGAUCAGUCGAAUACAAGGCAUCUCGAGCAGUCAUUUUGUUGGUUUGUUUGUACGUUUUGCUGUUUGGGUUAGACAAUGCCAUGUGGAUCUACACCCUAACCAUGUCCAAUGUAAGCCCCAACAUGAACGAUGCCAGGAUAUUGCUAGCCUGCUCUUACUCAGCUCUAAGUCCUUUGAUCAUCAUCACAUCCAACCCUAAACUGCAGCAAAGUAUGAAAUGGUCACAGAAAAAUAUGAUGAUACAUUCACAAACCUCGCAAAAUAACACAGGAGAUGCAAAACGGGUUCACUAUAUCAGCUAA